AUGCAUCAACCGCCACCCGACGAGGUCUACAUUGCAUCACAAAUCAACGUGAACAGCGCCCAACUACAAGCAGUUGACAACUCCACCCACCUGGGCAGUACCCUCUCGCAACACCAAAAUCGACGAUUAGGUGGCCCGCCGGAUUUCCAAGGCCACCUCAACUGUCUCCGACGGAUAUUGAAGCUGAGGUAGCAGGACCGGAUCCCGAACACGGACGUAGUGGAAUGGACGGGAAUCCUCAGCAUCUACUUCAUGCUGAGACAACUGCAACUGAGUUGGAGCGCCUGCCUCGUGCGCAUGGACGAAGAGCGGAUACCCAAAUGACUCCUCUGAGGAGAUGUCGCCACGGGUUUCCGCCGACGAGGAAAUCAAGUUCGGCUCUACAAGGAUACCCUGAAGACCUCCCUAAAGCGUCUGCAAAUCAACCCGGCCAACUGGGAAGAUCUCGCCCGGGCCCAACCGACCUGGCGGAGAGCAGUGAAGACCGGCGCGGCAAUCUUCGAAGCCACCCGCAUUACUGCCGCCAAAGCCAAACGCGAGGCUCGUAAAUUUCAAUUGCCGCCGCCUCGCAACGCCAACGCUCAACCACCGCCGACAUGCCCACGAUAUCGACGGACGUUCCGGGCACAAAUCGGUCUCAUUGGACAUCUUCGUACCAACUGCAGCACCCAGGCGACACAACCCGAUGUUCCCCCGGUCCGCCUCUGCUUCGUCUCCAGGCCGGCAAUCAAAACUGACCAUACUCCUGAACCCCCACAGUCAUCCUCUUCCACCGCCUCAAUAUUCACUGCGACGACUCCUGCACCCACCGCCACUGCACUCAAUCCAAACAAGCCGACAAACAGCAACCUCACCACCGCCAAAACUAGAGAUGUGGACUCGGUCCACACCUGUCCUCAUUGCGAUCGCAUCUUCACCCCACACAUCGGCCUGGUCGGUCGUUUGCGAAUCCAUCGCACAGAGACUGGCGAGCCAGAGCCUAGAUCAACAUGCAUCCGACGCAACCGUCUCAACUGCUAUCACUGCGUCCGCAUAUUCACUCACCGCCUGUGCGUGUCCACGAGAGCGGAACUCACUGCAGCCUCGGAACACCUAGCACAUACUGCACACCCACAUGCCUAG